AUGUCGGAGUUGCUGUCGAAACACGGAAAAACGUACACAUACGAGGUGAAACGCAAAUUGAUGGGCCGAAAGGCGCUGGAAGCAGCUUCAAUCAUGAUAGACGAAUAUAACCUACCAAUGAGUCCCCAAGAACUGACCGAUGAACUUCAUUCGAGGAUUACUCCCGAAACCUGGCACAAGGCCGGACUUCUUCCUGGAGCUGCAGAUUUGGUAGAAUAUUUUUAUUCUCAUGGUCUACCUAUGGCUGUUGCUUCUGGUUCGGUAUCGUGGGAGAUAGAAGCUAAGAUGUUCAACAAUAAAGAGGUGUGGUCGAAACUUCACCACAUAGUUUCCUCCGGCGAUGAUCCAGAGGUAAGUCUCAUGCCACACUUAACCAACACGUCCUCGGUUGAUUCAUGCCAUUCCAUGCAAUCGCUUCUAACAAAUGAUCUCCUUGUGGGCCUAGUUGGUGGGUUUUGUAGUCUACGUCACCGAUCUUUUGUCUUGACUUUUUUCGCAAACGGAAGUCUUGAUAUAUCAUGCCUUUUCUCCAACGAAGCCUCAAUUAACGAUCGUUAGUCGGAUGCCUGGUUUUCUACAGCUCCCUGGGAACUGAAGUUAAUGACUCUUAACUUCAAAGCUGUUUUGGCUGCCAUUCGUUUGUGUGUACAGUUGCAAAUCAUCUGCCUCUGCUUGUCCAGACCGCUUAUGGUGCUGACAACAAGCGUGCGUUUUCUUAUCAUAGGCGAAGAUACCUUACUUGUUCCACAAGAAUUACCGUCUCUGCUGUUUUUUUCUGGAGUAUUUCACCUCAGCUGUUAUGUUAAACAGCUGUUCGCCUCAUGAUAAUUCCGAUACUUGGUUUCUGUUUUAGAGCACAAGAACUGAUUUUUGAAUCACGGUAAUAUUCAAGCACUAUUUGCAUCACGCAUGAUGUUGCUUCUUGGUCUCCUUUUGAUAACAGGACAAAAAGUAGGCGUCCAUUGGUCAUGCAGCUUAGGACGACGCUCUUGCGGGUGGUAUAUACACCUUUUCUUAUUAUUUAGUCUGUCAUGUAAUUGCAUGCGCGAGUCAUAGAUAAGUUAUCCGACCGAAAGAGCCCGAGUGUGCUCCAUCCCACGGCCAGUAUGAUUCACCUAGUACUUUUUCCACGUCAUCAAUAUUUCCGGUCGCAAUUGGCCGUUUGAAUCCACAGCUCGCUUGCUAGGUUAGUAUAUUUUGAUUUGUCCCCAAACUGCAGAAUCUCAUUAAAGUCUCCGUUCUCCCAGGACUCGGGAUUUAACGCUAAGCCAAUAAUAACCAUCCUGGCCUCCCUUUCCCCCCAUACACACCUUUUCCGAAGACGCAUGGCUUCUGUUUUCUGUCCAUUGUUUGAUAUUUCAGGUGGGCUUCAGAGGUUUGGCCACUCGCAAGUUCUGUGUGAAUGCGAAAUUGAAAAUUGAAAUUUUUUCUUGUAUUAUGUGUAGACUAAAAGCCAAGCCUUUAGCUCGUAAUUGUCAUCUGCACUCACGCGAAUGUGUAUGUCUCCCUUUUCUUUAUCUGUUGACCUUAUUACAUUACCACACUUUUAUUGUAGAUUUACUAGCUCUAUCGUCGCCUUUACCUUUUUCAUAGAAAGGGUCAUAAGGCGAGUUGAGGUUUUUACUAGAGGCGAAUAUUAGAGCUGAAGAUGGUUUAACUGAAUACGAGAGGUUAGUUGGCCACCGUCGACAAGUUUAUUUGCACCAACUUUCGAACCAUGUAGGAAUCCAUCCUCCAACAGUAACAACGGGAAAAUUCGCGGGAAUUCUAUUUCGUUUCUAGCUGUUAUCUAGAGGUACCGCUCUGCGAAGAUGAAUUUAUUCAGUAUUGUAGUCAAAUCUUAGGGCUGGGUAGGCGGUCGAUGUGUUGCGGGAUGAGCUUACAUUCGGAAUUUUUCUAACAUUCAUUUGGCUUAAAAGCUCCGUUAGAACUUUAUGCACGCAGUUGAGACAACGGGCUCGCCCCCACACUAUUCCUUAUUUUAUGCAAUUCUGCAUUUCACCAGAAUUAGUCAAGCCCUUUUGUUCAUUUUUGUUUGACUGUCCUUCCUAAGGGAAAUUAAUUAAUCAAACUGAUGUUUUUCAAUCUUUUGUGGUUUUUACGACCGCCUUGAGUCUUCACUCUUAAAAGUUGUAGGUCGUCGGCCAGAAGUCAAUAAUUGAUGCGCUGCCUGCUCUUAAAUCUCUUUCAGGUUAAACACGGGAAGCCCGCUCCGGAUAUAUUUCUCGUGGCCUUGAGACGUUUUGAGGACCCAUCAGCAGAGCCAUUAAACACACUGGUUUUUGAAGACGCCUGGAAUGGAGUUGCUGCAGCGCUGGCGGCCGGAAUGCGCGUCGUCUGGGUACCGGAUGAGCGAGAGCCUCCGGGAAUUCCCGAUUCGUCACUUCCUCGUGAAGCGAUAUCGCGCCUCACGCGACUCACUAGUUUGGAGCAGUUCGAUCCAACGCAUUUUAGUUUGCCACCAAGGGGCUAA